UGGUAACUACUUUAAUUAUGGACGGACAAGAAAUCUCAGAAGGAGAUAUCAGAGCAGCUUUUGACUCCUUUGAUGAGAAUGGUGAUGGCUCCAUCUCUAAAUCAGAGAUCGAAAAAGUGUGUCAAACUCUUGGAGUAGAUGCUGAUGAUAGUGAAAUUUCUAAGCUUCUGAAUGACGCAGAUACAGAUGGUGAUCAGAAGAUCAGCUACGAGGAAUUCAAGAACGCUAUCCAAAAAGAAAGUUAAAGCUCUACUCGUUUUCAUAAAAAAUUACAGAAACCUUCUUAAAGAU